CAAUAUAAUAAAUAAAUGGUUCUUCGUUUAUAGGGUCAUUUCGGGUGAGAACCACUACUAUAUGCAAUGGUAAAAAGAGUAGAAAACACCCACCAAUUGUAAAUUAUUUUUUCAACUUGAUCUGUCAAAAGAUUUUACUAGCUUGCAAAUCUCUUAUGGUGCACUGCAUACUAAUUGAGAACACAAAUUUUUUAAGCAAUGGUUUAUUAAUGAUGAACUGAUUAACAUAUCUAGUUUUAAAACUUCAAUAAACAAGACAAUAGUGCAUUCAUCAAGUAAGAACUACUACAAAACCAAACUUCAAAUAAUAAGUUUAGAUUAAAGAGGGAGAGGCCGUCGGAGGGAGAGGUUGGCCAGAAAGGUGAGUCUGGUUGUUUGAAAUUAGUAAGAGGGUGACCAUCAUCAAGAGUGAAAGGAGGGUGAAAUCGUGAGGAAAAAGAGACAAUUGUGAAUUUGUUGUUGAUUUUUUCAAUGAGUGAGUGUUAGAGGCAUAUAGGCGGGUCCAAGAUAGGGUCAGUAACAACUGGUUACUGACCUAUCAGUAACCACAACCACACGGGAGCCGUAGAUCUGGGGAUGGAGCAAUCGUGUGGCUGGGCCGGAUGCGGGCUGGGGAGGGGCGAGUCUUAGUUUGUUAGAUUAGGGUUAGCUGGUUAGGGACGGGGGUCGGGUUCCACAGAAGCUUGGCCAUGGGAUGGGAUUGUGGAUUGGACUGAGUUGGGUAAUUGUAAUUAGGUUAUGGGCUAGCAUGGGUUCGGGUUGUGGGAUGAGAGCGGAGGGCCUGAGCUCUUUAGACGAGUGGGAUGAGCGGUAGUCAAAGCUUGUGGUGGUAAAGGCUUUUAGUGCAAUCAUGAUUUUUUUUAUUUGAAUGUUUUAAAUCGGAUCGAUCCUGACAAAUUUUCUAUCAACUCUAGUGACAGGAAACCAAAUCUGAAUAGCACAACCCAAUUCGAUUGCAAUUGAUUUGGUUUAUACUAUCUGGUUUCUGGUUUGACGAGGAAUCAUGACCGAAUUCCCAACCCUAGUAUUCUUCAUGAAGCUUAUGAUUUAUGAACUACUCCUCUAAAAUUACUUUCUUGAUUAUUGGACGCUGACACAAAUAUGAAAAAAAAUAUUAUUCUCCAUCCUCAAUAGGUUAGGGUAUAUGGUUGACUCAAGUUAUGGUGUAACACCCUGAUAUUUGGGUUCAGGUUUGACCAAAAGAAAUAAACGGUUAGAUGGACGAUUACGUACGAGUGGGUGCAACCGUGAAUUAGAAAUUAUUAUUAUUAUUAUUAUUAUUAUAUUAUUAUUAUCAUUAUCAUUAUCAUUAUCAUUAUCAUCGCCAUAAUUAUCAUUGGGGCCAUAAUUAUUAUCAUCAUCUCCAUCAUUCACACCACGUUACCGCCAAAAAGGAAGAAAGAAAAAAAAAAACCCUAACCACUUUACGCUACCCCAUUUCCCUCUCUCCCUCGGUCUCUUUAUUUCACUUCCUUUACUUGCUCUUCCUUUCAUUUUAAUUGCCCACGUAACUGAGAGAAGCAGUAGGAAUCCUAUUGCCACUCUCCCGAUUAUUUCCCCAACUUAGUGCCUCCUUACCAUGAGCAGAACCAGCAGUCGUGUCGUCCAUCAUCUCCCGUUGCCUCCCAUCCUCGCCAGCCCGACAGACGCCAAACUUCGAUCAAUUCCCGGCCGCUCGACGAAGGCAUCUGGCCAUCCCUCUUCCCGUCGACCAAGCUCGACCGCCAAUCUCCCUCCCAUCUCGUUCCUCCGCCCGACAGGAGUAGCGGCCGCUCAACGGGAACAGCAGCGGAGACGGAAGCAAAGCGCGAUGGGAAGAAAGUAGCGGCACGACGUCAUCCGCCAUUAGAAAGAGAGGGAAAUGAAUGAUUAUGGUCAUUGGGUUUUGCUCGGGAGAAGGUAAGGAACCGUUCCUCGGAGUUAGAAUCAAAUUUCGAGGUAGUUAGAGGUCUCGUCGGACCAUCGCCGGGACUUCCUCGUAACUCACCGGAAAAACCAGAAAACUCAAGUACAAUUAUUUUUAGAUUGGAGGGUACCAAUGCAAAGAGGACGAACCCAGGAUCGUCACCGUGUUGAUGAAAUCCGAUUCGGACGUCGGACGAGGGAGAAACGAGCAUCUAAAGGUUGGAUGAAAAACUGUCAAGUUUAGGUGCCAUUAUGGACAAUUCGGAAAGUUGGUGGAUUAUUUCGAAAAUUUUACAGAGGGGUCUUGGUCAACUAUGUUGACUGGAAAAUUUUCAAUUUCGGUACUUGGUACUUUUAAACUAACAGAAUGUUUAUUUUGGUCAUAACUCGAUCAAUUGAAGUCCAAACGAGGAACCGUCGGCGCCUAUGGAAUCGUGAGAACAAGGAGAAUUUAAUGGAAGUGAGUCAUGGAAUUUAAGAGCAGAAUCAGAGUUGGCUUCGAUGGAUUCGAGGUGAGUGUAAAUGGGGUAAAAUCUUCGUCGAUGUCUUUUAGUUUAUGUCUUUUAAUUCAGUUAUGUUGGUUAUUUUCAAUUAAGCGCGAUUAUGUGUGUGAGGCAUCCCACCGCCUACCUAAGGUGGAGGCACGCGUUGUGUAUGUGUGUGUUGAUGUAUGGUUAUUGGUAUGAUGAACCCCCGGGCGGUUGGGCCACUACUGGACGCGAUAGAUGUAACACCCUAACCCGGCCGGGUACUACUUUUACUAAAAUGCCCUUGAUAAAUAAAAAUACUCAAAUCUUAAAUUGCAGCGGGAAAUUUUUUCAUAAAUAAAAUACUGAAAACACACACUUGUAGUUCAGAGCAAAACCCUAACAAGUGGGCAAAUUAAACUCAAACUUUAAAUCUCAAUCUAAUCUCCAGUCUAUACUCAUAAUCAUAAAAUGUAAAUAACUAGGUAGUCUCUGUCGUUGCUGCUACUGAAAAUCUUAAAUAGGCAUCCUCUGUGACGCUUGCACUGCCCGCCUCUAGCUGGUUGCUCUCGAACCUUUCCUCUCGAACCCGCUGCUCUCUAACUGCUCCUCUAGCUAGCUGCUACCGAUCUGGUUCUCGCUCAUUCUCUUACUAAGGCCUGGUGAGUGAGUUGGGGUCAGUCUACGCCCUUACGUUUUAAUAAUUCUAAUACUUGAGUACUUUACUUAACACUUAACUUUAACUAGUGGAAGUUGUUUGUACUUCCAAUCUUAAAAUCUUAACUCUUAAACUUUGAGGGAGUUGAAGUUACUCUCCUCUCUUAAAACUCAAAUCUUGACUUAAAUACUUGACUGACACGGGGAUCCUCACUAGCUAGUCCGGUUGCCAACUCAUACGUAUGAGAAGCCAUCCAGGCUUUCCUUAAACUUAGUUAGGGAAGUCGUAACGAUUCAUCCCCCUAACAUCUUAAACUUAUCGUGGUGGCUCUUCACCAUGAUUCUCAAGGGCAUAACUGCUGCCCAUCUUAAAAAUCUCAAGAGCAUAACUGCGCUCUAUCUCAAAGAUCUCAAGAGCAUAACUGCUGCUCUAUCUGAAAAUCUCAAAUGGCAACGGACUUGCGCUAGUGACUAAAAACACUUAAAACAACUUCACCUUCUUGAAGGUGAGUUACUCCUUAAAAAGAACUUGUUUCUUAAACUUUAACAAUAACUCAAACAUAACGCUUUAAGGUAAAAUAGCACAAAAUCACCUCAAAUCCCAUCAAAUAGCACAAAAUCACUUCAAACCAUAACUCAAGCAAAGCACAAAAAAUCAAUCAUACACAUAACCAAGCAACGGUAACCAAUUCUCUAAAAUACUAAAAAUCGUAAUACUUA